AUGCAGGGAGCCUGGGUUCUGCUGCUGCUGGUGGGCCUGAGGCUACAGGUCUCCCUUGGCGUCAUCCCAGCUGAGGAGGAAGACCCAGCCUUCUGGAACCACCAGGCAGCCCAGGCCCUGGAUGCUGCCAGGAAGCUGCAGCCCAUCCAGACAGGGGCCAAGAACCUCAUUAUCUUCUUGGGGGACGGGAUGGGGGUGCCCACGGUGACAGCAGCUCGGAUCCUAAAGGGGCAGAUGAAUGGCAAGCUGGGCCCUGAGACCCCCCUGGCCAUGGACCAAUUCCCAUACAUGGCUCUGGCUAAGACAUACAAUGUGGACAGACAAGUGCCAGACAGCGCAGGCACAGCCACAGCCUACCUGUGUGGGGUCAAAACCAACUACCAGACCAUCGGUGUGAGUGCGGCCGCCCGAUAUAACCAGUGCAACACGACACGUGGCAACGAGGUCAUCUCCGUGAUGAACCGGGCCAAGAAAGCAGGGAAGUCAGUAGGGGUGGUGACCACAACGAGGGUGCAGCAUGCGUCUCCCGCCGGCAACUACGCGCACACCGUGAACCGCAACUGGUACUCGGAUGCCAACAUGCCCCAGGAGGCGCUGAGGGGCGGCUGCCAGGACAUCGCCGCACAGCUCAUCUCCAACAUGGACAUUGACGUGAUCCUGGGUGGAGGCCGCAAGUACAUGUUUCCCAAGGGGACCCCAGACCCUGAGUACCUUGGUGACGCCUCACAGAGCGGAGUGAGGUUGGACAUGCGGAACCUGGUCCAGGAGUGGCAGGCCAAGCGCCAGGGUGCCCGGUAUGUGUGGAACCGCACAGGGCUCCUUCAGGCGUCCCUGGACCCCUCUGUGACACACCUCAUGGGCCUCUUUGAGCCGGGGGACAUGAACUAUGAGGCCCAUCGAGACACCAGGAAGGACCCAAGCCUGAAGGAGAUGACAGAGGUGGCCUUGCGCCUGCUGAGCAGGAACCCCCGGGGCUUCUACCUCUUCGUGGAGGGGGGCCGCAUUGACCAAGGUCAUCAUGCGGGAAAAGCUUACCUGGCUCUGACCGAGGCUGUCAGUUUUGAUGACGCCAUUAAUAGGUCCGGCCAGCUCACCAGCGAGAUGGACACGCUGACCAUUGUCACUGCUGACCACUCUCACGUCUUCACUUUUGGUGGCUACACUCUACGUGGCAGUUCCAUUUUCGGGCUGGCUCCGGAGGCAGCCUCCGACGGCAAGACCUACACCUCCAUCCUUUACGGCAAUGGCCCCGGCUUCGCCAUGAGCGGGGGCCCCCGUCCAGAAGUCAGCCACGACCAGAGCAGUGACCCCGACUACAAGCAGCAGGCGGCGGUGCCCCUGGAGUCGGAAACCCACGGCGGCGAGGACGUGGCGGUGUUCGCGCGCGGCCCGCAGGCGCACCUGCUGCGCGGGGUGCAGGAGCAGACCCUGGUGGCGCACGUCAUGGCCUUCGCCGCCUGUCCCCUGUCGCCCUUCCCGGGUAAAAGGAAAUUGCUCUUGGGGCUCCGCAGCCAGGGGGAUGCUAAAGCGGGCAUUGGCCGGGCCCACUGCCGCAUGAACCGCCGUUAG